AAACAAUUUAUAUAAAUGUAAAAAUUGCUUGCUUUAUAAAUGGCAGCCGACUUCAACAGUCAGCUGCUGUGACCAAUAUUGAAGUCUAUACUACAGCUGCCGUAGUAUAAAGACUGCUAUCUAGACAUCUAGUUGUUGUAUAUAUCUAUGGUCCUAACACGGCCUAUAAAUUAAGCACAGAAUCAUGAUUUAAGAUAAUAUCAGGGCUUAGACACUGUCUGUGUUAUGGGCAAAUCGGAUGACUUUACUCAUACACAACAAAAGUGGUGCGCGAAAAUGUUGGUUUCAAACAGCUGAUCAACGAUAUGAGAAAAGCUACUAGCGCUCCAAGACGUAAUAUUGUAUAUCUAUAUACAUUCAUAUAUUUUGUAGUACCAAAAGAAAUCACUUGAAUGUAAAAGCUCUAAUUGUAAUUCUUGCUAUGACAAAAUCGUUAACUUUUCGCGCACCAAAAAAUAAGUUUCGUUGAGAAACCUGUAUAAUAUUAUCUUAAAUCCUGCACAGAAUUAUCAAGUGCUUUCAACUGAUAACGUUUCUUUUUAUUCUUUUUAAACCGAUAAGACGGUAUUCUCAUAGAACAUCAACAUUGUUCUUUGGUAUCCUGGGGUGUUUCUGGACCUUUUUUUUUUCAUUACUGCGAAUAUACGAGUAUCGGUGUCGCAAGUUGCGGCCUUAAACCAUUGUUUUGAGGCAGCUGCGUCUUUUAUUGUGGUCGUCAUCAAAUCAGGUUCCAAACGAAUAAUCUACAAAGGAAUCAACCACAACGAAUGAACAUGAAAAUGACCGGUAGAAGAAAACACCCCGUGUGGACUUAUUUCGAUGAAAUUACUAUGGUCGGAAAAUCGAAACGAGCCGUGUGUAAGGACUGUAAACUGUCAAUAGUAGCAUUAGUCGAAAGGAUGAUAAAACACAAGAUUGCAUGUACGCCGCUCCUUAAUGAAAACAAAAUUUUUGAAAGAAAAUAUAGCAUCUAUGAUCCUGUGGAAAAUAAUAGCAUAGCAACUACAAAUUUAUGGAAAGACUCAUCAUCGGAUUCUAAUUUUGAACACGUGACCAAAAGUACAAAAUAUGUACCUUUGUCAUUGCCGAUAAAUCAAUCUGAUAAACAGGAAUUUGAAACAUGUAGUAGAAUUACAAAUUCAGAAAAAAAUAAACUUGAUGGUCAGGUUGCCAGAAUGAUUUAUACAACUAAUUCUUUGAAAAUAAUCAAACCCCCAGAGUUCAAAGGAAUGAUUGAAAUGUUACGGCCCAAGUAUAAAAUACCAAAUGGUUCCAAUAUAGCUAACAAGUUACAAGCGGACGCAGAAAAUCAACAUUUUAAUUGGAGUCAAACCUCUGAGGACAGUUAUGCAGAAGCAAAUGACACAAAUGCAAGUGGCUAUGAGGCGGACAGUGUGCUGGCUUCAAUGAUGCAUGAGUCCAUGGACGACUAUCAUAACCAAGAACCAAUUGUGGACGUCCAGGAGCCACAAACAUGGUCAUCGUGUAGAAAAUACCGCGGUAUGCAGCCAGUAACCAGCGGAGACUAUUCAGACGAUGAUGGUGGAGGCUACAGUAGCAGGAAAAUAAUGCGAAUGUCUAGGCCUGAUGCACCAUCUGAUGAGUUCAAUACAUUCUCAGACUAUGUGGCUGAACGGAUGCGUAACCUUAAAGCCGACAAAGCUCUACAACUAAUGGCCCGACGAGACAUUGAACAAGUAUUGUUCAAGUAUGAAAUGAAGUUGUUGGAGCAAAAGAGAGAUUCACAACAACACCAACAACCCGACACUGAGGCGGCAACUACGUCAAAGUCCAUUUCACCAUCACCUGUCAGUGACUUGGAACAACAGUAGACCUUAAUUAUAUUGAUAUAUACGACAGCGUUUACUAGGUGAUUACAACUAGUCUUUCAGGACCAGCAUCCAUUUCUGUACAUUGUUUAAAAUAAUAAUAUUAAUAUUGAAUAAUGCUACAGGGAGAACUAUUAAUGCUCACGUUAACCCUGAAGUUAUACAUAUUAUAUUUUAGACAUUUGUAUACAGCCAACAAUUUUGUUUGUGUUACUAUGUAAACUUAAAGACAAUUUAUAUACAUAAUAUUGAUUCCUAUAUAUUUCUAUUAUUAUUAAAUGUAUGUAUUUCUAAUAAAACAUUUUACAUUUUAA